CGUCCAGCGACCCUUCACCCAACACGCUCGCGCCAUUGUCAUUUCAAAACUUGAUCCACGAUGCAACACAACCUCCUUCUCUGCAUGCCCAAGGCUCUGCCACUGCAGCGUCCAAGCGUCAUUGCGUGGAACCAGCUCCACCCCGACAGCCUCCUCUACUCGUACUUUGCCCACCUUUACUAUGGCGGCGACGACCUCCUCCUCAGUCGCGACGAAGCCAUCGCCUUUGUGCGCGAGUUUACCGUUGAAGUUGCUCGCCAAGGCGGCGUCGUGGACGACGUCAACCUCUCGGACGGUCUCAACGCGCUCACGCGCGCGGACGGCCGCAUCAGCAUGGCACGCUUGAUUGAAGAGCUCUGCCUCCUGCUAGUAUAGCCGUCCACGCAAUCACAGUAGACUAUCUUUAUCGUUAGACUUUAUAUUUAUGAACGAAGUAAAUACUACCAAUCUUUCCACACCUAGAA